CUGCCGUAAAAUCGUCGCAAGCGGAGAGCAAUCUUUUUUACGGCACCGAAAGAUCCCGGAAACGAAGGCGUAAGCAUGGAUGGGGAAAGAGGCGACCGCUAAGCUCGAAGGUGUAAAAAUCCUCAGUACCAAAGCUUUUCUUGGUUUGCUCGUUUUUAAAAAAAUGCUUUACUUGAUUGGUCUUGGACUUGGAGAUGCCAAAGAUAUUACAGUAAAAGGACUGGAAGUAAUAAAGCAGUGUAGCAGAGUAUAUUUGGAAGCCUACACUUCUAUCCUAACUGUUGGAAAAGAAGCACUGGAAGAUUUCUAUGGUAAAGAGCUGAUCCUUGCUGACAGAGAUAUCGUAGAGCAAGAUGCUGAUAGUAUCCUGAAAGAUGCACAUCUAAUUGAUGUGGCUUUUCUUGUAGUUGGCGAUCCUUUUGGGGCAACUACACAUAGUGACCUUGUUCUCCGGGCUGUGAAGUUGGGAAUUCCCUACAGAGUGGUCCACAAUGCUUCCAUAUUGAAUGCUGUUGGCUGUUGUGGUCUACAGCUCUAUAACUUUGGAGAAACAGUUUCUGUUGUAUUCUGGACAGACACGUGGAAGCCUGAGAGUUUUUUUGACAAAAUUAUAAAAAACAGAAAAAAUGGAAUGCACACACUAUGCUUACUUGAUAUUAAAGUGAAAGAGCAGUCAGUGGAGAACCUCAUGAGGGGAAAGAAAAUCUUUGAGCCACCACGCUACAUGAGUGUGAAUCAAGCAGCCGAGCAACUUCUUGCUAUUGUCCAGAAUCGGCGGCUACAGGGCCAAAAGCCAGAAGUAACCGAGAACACUGUCUGUGUAGGCUUAGCAAGAGUUGGUGCAUUGGAUCAGAAGAUUGUAUCAGGUACUCUACAGGAUAUGACUACGGUGGCCCUUGGCGAUCCUCUGCACUCUAUGAUCAUAACUGGAAUAUUGCAUCCCUUGGAAGUAGACAUGCUUAAAUUAUUUGCAGUAGAUAAAUCCAUCUUGGAACAAGACUGAAUUGGAAACACUUUGUGCCUUACCUGGAACAGAAGCUGGUAAAUUCCUUGUUGAUAACAGACUACAAAGAAGUAGCCCAUAUCUUGCUAAAGAAGACAACUAGCAAGCCCAACUGUGAUUCCUUAUGGCUCAGGCUCACUGCGUUCAACUUGUAAAAGUUUUGUUACUUGGCAGAAGUGAAAUAAAAAUUGAGAUUAUUGUUUU